AGGUUAGAUCAAAAGAUACGAAUUAUACGAGUAUGAAAUAAAAAUAAUGAAUUAUUUUUAAUACAUUUGUGUGAAGGAAAUGAUAAAAGUUAAAUUAAUAAUUAUGGCAAUGGCAAUGAGAAAACGGAGUGGUUCAGGUUCCAAACGUCAACAUAAAGGAAAACUUGUUCCAAUUUAUGAAAGUUUUUUCAAAGGAGAAGAUUUAACAUUAGCUCAUCCAAAUUUUUGGAAUGAACUGUUUUUAAUUAAACCUAUGGUUCCACAUAUUGAAAGUGAGAUUUUACAUAUGACUGCAGAACAGUUAAAUGCAAGCAGAGAAAAUUUAAAUGCUUUGGUUUGCCAUUGUGUAGACACAUUAGUUGAUGAACAUCCUUUUAGAGUUGUAUAUGCUUUACAAACCUUAGCAGCUGUUAUUCAAUUUAUGUAUAAAAAAGCUAGUCAAGGCGAUUGUGGAUUUAAUUUAAUAGACAUCUUAGUAGGAUUUGAUUCUGCAGAACAGAGAAUGACAACAUUAAUGCAACACUGUAAUAAUUUUUUAACAGGUGAAUAUCCUGAUAGUUUAAAGGCUUUAUGCUUGAAAUUAUUAUUAAUUAUUGUAACUGGUAUGGACAAUGUUAGUCAAAACACUUUGUUGGAAUAUAUUAUGCUUAAUAGUGUUUUUGAAUCUCUGGUUCAAUUGUUAAGAGAUACAACAGCUAGAAGUCGUCAUGGACAUGAUGCAGUGUUGCUUUUAACACUUCUAGUCAAUUACAGAAAACAUGAAAGAGCAAAUCCUUAUAUCGUUAAAUUAUCGAUUUUAGAUGACGAAUUAGCUCUUAAUGGGUAUGGGCAAGUUAUAUCAAGUUCAUUGAUGGAGUUUUGCAGGCAAUUUGCUCAACAAAGAGCAGAAAUACAAGCAUCCUGGUUAUCUUCCCUAACGAGUAUAGUCGGUAGUAUGUUCAUUGGAGAGGAAGAAGCAAAAACGCAACAAGUCCGCGCGAACAAUGCAUUGUUAUUAGCACUUUAUGAAGCAACACAUUUAAAUCGUAAUUUUGUAACAACUUUGGCAUAUACACAGAGUGAUACUAGCGCACCACCUUCUCCAAAUAAUACAUUGGGACCAAAUGCAGUAGCUCCUGGAGCACAACUACCUGAUGUAAUGGCUCAGCCAUUUAAUUUAUUGGCCACUUUCUUACAAUAUUGUUCGAUAGUUAUGCAAGUAAUUAAGACAGAAGCAAUAAGGAACAAUGUCAAGCUGUGCUUUCUUAUAUUAAGCUGUAUUGCAGAAGAUCAAUAUGCAAAUAAUUUAAUGCAUGAUGCAAAUUUAGCAUUCAGAGUACAACUUCACAGAGUACCAAUGCAUCAUAGGAAGAUACAAGAUAAGGCAGCACCAGCACAACCAUUAGCGGCUACUUUGCUUGAUUUACUUGUUGAGUUUGUCACCUCACAUAUGAUGAAACAAUUCCCAUUGGAACUUUAUCAUCAAUGUAUUGGGGUUCUGCAGAGAUUACUUUGUUACCAAAAAAGAUGUAGAGUUAGGCUUGGAUAUCAAUGGAGGGAUCUUUGGACUGCUCUGAUUAAUCUACUAAAAUUUCUAACGACACACGAAAGCCACCUUAUUAAGAAAAUGAAUAUUUUUCCUUUAGCUAUUCAGGUUGUGAAUAUCUUAAAUCUGUUUAUUACAUAUGGAGAUACAUUUCUGUCUUCUUCUAGUAGUUACGACGAAUUAUUUUAUGAAAUAAUACGAAUGAGGCUUAUUUUUACAAAUUUGAAUGCCAUGGCACUCCGUUAUUCAACAAGCGAAUCUUACGAGUAUAAAGAACAUGCACUAAAGUUAACAAAUUGUUUAGUGAAUAUGAGAGACAUAGUAAAUCAUUUUCCACCGAAAAUAGCUGCAUGGUUAGCAAGUGAAAGUUUAUCUACUCCAACAGAACAACAAAUUUUAGCUAUCAUAAUACAGAAUUAUGAUAGUCUUACUUUGAAACUGCAAGAUAAUUUGGACCAAUAUGAAAGAUAUUCUGAAAAACCUAAUCAUGUUGCAUUCUUUGAAGAAAUGGUAACUGGAGUCGUAAUUGAUACUCGAGGAUCAAUAGAUUUGAGUACAUUAGACACACAGGCUAUAUUACAAGAAUUAUCGAAUAUUUCGUAACACAGGUUCUGCAUAAAGUGUGAAUCAGAUCCUGUUAUUCUAUUAUCAUGUUGUAUUAUAAUGUAUUUUUUUUAAUAAA